AUGAGUCUCUUAUCGAAUCUGGCAAAACUCUCUCUCCAACCAAUUCGCUCCAUCCAUCAAACAAUUCCAAAUGCUUCGUCGGUUUUCAUGAAAAGACAGAAGAAAAUUGAUCCGGAGGUCGCCAAACAACGAGAAGCUCGUCGCCGAAAGCGCCUCGAAAAAGAAAUUCGCCAAAUGCAAAAACACUCAAAAAAGCCGAAGCCAGUGGAUGAGCUGACGUUGGAUGUGAAAUCGGCCAAGAAUAUUGAAGAACGCCGUCGACCACCCACCGAGCUCAGUUUGGAGCAGGUUGAUGAGCGAGCGGUGGCGUUGAAGGACUACAGUCGCUCCCGUCAGGCUCUCCAACGAGAAGACGACGCAUGGAUCCGUGGAGCCAUCGAAUCUCAACGAAAGGCUCUUUCCGAACUGAAGAAGCUCUCCCCGACGCUUUACACCGCUGCCGUUCAACCAGCACCCAACGAUUUGCCACUCACCAUUCAAGGUCCAUCGCUGACUCCGCCCAUCAAGAACUACGUGGCACCUGAUGGCGACUACAUUGAUACGACUAGGAAUUGGGCGGCCUAA